AGGGGUACGUGACAGGCAACCCAUCAAAGCCCCCCCAAUACCUCUGCUGUCAGUGGACGCACGUCCUUCUCAGCGCGGUACACGAGACAGGGCGGCCCACGCACGUCCUUCUUAUCCUUGUACACGAGGCGGGGCGGCUCCAGCAGGCGGCCCUGCAGGCGCGUAACUCACGCGCGUACGGGUCGCUGCAUGGUGGCAGGGGGGAGAAGGGGGAGAUGGGUGGGGAGCACGAAGCAGGAAAGGGGAGGGAGUGA